CCCCCACAUGUCUUCAAUUGGGCGUUCCGUGCUCAAACAGCGUGCUACUUCGACUCUCCGCCAGAAUUUCGUAUUGUUCCUCAGAAGGACGUCGCGGGCAUGAGAUACGCUGCGCUUAUAUGAGCCUCGCCUCUGCGAUACCAUGUCAUACCUUCCUAAUCAGCCUCGUUCCUGCUUUUCCCGAACUAAGCAGUCGCAAUCCUCGAUCAAACUAUAGGCUCCCUCAUCUGGGGGAUCUGAAUGUCUCAAGUCCAGCCUAACAGAGACUGGUGGAAAGAAGUCAAUACGUUAUUGGCUCAGUCCUAUAUAUCGGAGCCCAAAUUUGAUAUGGGCUACGAUAUCUCUGAUUACUGUUCCCUCGAUCCCCGCUAUGGCGAUAUAGACGAUAUGCACCACAGUUCGAAAUUGAGCCCUAAGCGAGACUGGUACAUUUGGCGCCCCCCGUAUAGAUGGUCUGGGAACCGUCAUCCUCCCAAUAACUGGGAUGCAAUAUGGGGAGGCUCCGCUUGGGAGUGGGACGAGAACACACAGGAAUAUUAUCUUCAUCUUUUCUUGAAAGAGCAACCAGACUUAAACUGGGAAAACAUCGAAGUCCGCCGUGCCGUGCACGAACUCAUGCGCUGGUGGCUCGAUAAAGUCUCAGGAUUCCGUAUGGACGUCAUCAAUCUUAUUUCCAAACCCGAAGGCUUACCUGACGAGCCGCUUGAGAACGCUGGAUUUACCGUUUUCCCCGUCAGCAUCCCGAAUGGCCCCCGAGUACAUGAAUUCCUUCGUGAAAUGAACGAGGAAGUCAUAUCAAAAUACGAUGCAAUGACGGUCGGAGAAACCCCCUGGACACACGACCCCGCCAUCCUCGCCCGAUACGUAAAACCAUCCUCAAAAGAGCUCAACAUGGUCUUCACCUUUCACCACGUAGACAUAGAUGGAGGUGUCGAAAAUUCUUGGAAACCCAUCCCCUGGAAACUCUCCUCUUACAAACAAAUCAUCAACAAAUGGCAAACAUACAUGCAUGAACACGAAGGAUGGAAUUCAAUUUUCAUUGAGAAUCACGAUCAAGGGAGAUCAGUGUCGCGUUUUGGCAAUGAUUCGGCCGAGUAUAGAAGUAUUUCUGCGAAGAUGCUGGCUGUGGGUCAGAUAUGUCAGGGAGGAACGAUCUAUGUUUAUCAGGGGGAGGAGUUGGGUAUGGCCAACAUGCCGCCUUCAUGGGGGAUCGAGGAAUAUAAAGAUAAACGUCGCGAAAAUUCAGAGAAUCCAGACAUGUCCGAUAUCCUUAAAGACCUCCGAAAGAAAGCCCGAGACAACGCCCGGACUCCAGUCCAAUGGGACGAUUCGCCGCACGCUGGGUUCACAUCAGAGAAUGCAACCCCCUGGAUGAGGAUGAACGAUCCAAACAGCGUACGAUUCUUCUGGAAACGAGCGCUAGCAUUCAGGAAAGCUCAUCCAGUCCUGAUCCAUGGAAGUUUCCGCCUCAUAUCCCCCGAGGAUGAAAGAGUUUUCGCAAUCGAGCGUCAACACGGCGAUGUAACCGCUAUUAUAGUGAUCAACUUCAACGGCAUCAAUAUUCCUAAAGGAUUAAAGCUUCAAUUGUCAAAUUACGAGAACACGGACGAAACACUGGAAAACACAUCUCCAACUUUGGUCAAUCUCAGACCAUACGAGGCACGAGUAUAUCUCUAACGAGGUUGUAACGAUUUCCCGCACCCCACUUAGUGAAUGCCUCAGCUUAGGGCUUUGUGUAACUACCAAUCGGCGUCAUCGAUUCCUGAAGGGUUCUAUAGAUGCAAUGCCUCCUUUCAUCCCCUUAGAUGCAGAAUGACGACAGCCUGUUAAAUGAAUAUGACGAGACUUUGCAAAACUGUCCCAUGC